CUUUUUUUUUCUCCUCAAAGGAAGCGACAGCGGGGGUUUCCUCUCUCCCUCUCUCUCUCCAUCGUUUCUAUGCCGCAGGUAUUGUUGCAUAUCGCCUCUCCGGAGCUAAACGGGACAGUGCUAUGAGGACUCUGCCCAAAAGCAAAACUUGCGAAGUGUACUGCGUCUCCGGGCAUGCACACCUUGCUGCACAGGGAUGGGUGGAGUUGAAGGAGCCCACCCAGUCAUGGAGCCCCCCCACGAAGCCUGAGGAGCAGGAGGUGGAGGAGGUGGAGGGGGGGCGAGCUCCAGUCCUCAGCUCCUCCUGGAGGAGAUGGAUGUUAGGUCUUCUGCCUUUCUUUCCCUUCGCCGCUGCCAUUGCACUGACUUUCCACUUCCUAACAUCUCCGCCCUCCUCAGUGUUCUUCCUCGGUGGCAGCGUGGAGUUCCCAAACCAGAGCUUCUCCUCGGAGCUGGCCGACUCCACCUCCCCUCAGUUCCGCCUGCGGGCUCAGGCUUUGAACCAUUAUUUCUCAGAGCUCUACGAGUCCUCGCCGUGGAGCUCUUACUACCUGCACUCAGGAAUUACUGCCUUCAGUGAAGGAGCAGAAGGGCUCAACGUCUUCUACUGGAGUAAAUUCUCCGCCCCGGACAACGUUGCCGUGGCAAUCCGGAGUUCCGGCCCAGAGAGGCUGCAGCGCAGGCUCCCUGGCAGCAACAAGGUGCUGCGGUACAGCCGCAACGAGCAGCGCUACUACAUGGAGCAGGAUGACGACAUGCUCCACCUGCUGGGUUUGGACCCUGAUGACUUUGACUCAGACGGAAAAUCAGACAAGAGUAAGAAUCCAAACAGCAUCCAGAGUGGGAAGUGGCAGCUCGGCUUCCAAGCGAUGUCCUUUGACCUCUAUGCCAAAUAUGGCAACAACCGCACCCUGAGCCUCGUGAGUCCCAAGAAGCCGUACUACCAGUGGCGUCUCCGCGUGCCGUCAGGUCAUGUGGUCCGACUGGUCAUUCUCACCCUGCAUGGCGCCACGCCAGGAAGCUGCACCGCCCACAAGCUCUCGGCCUACGACUUCUUGCUUCCAUUACAGAACAAGAUCAUCGCCAGGUGGUGUGGGCUGCCUAUUUCGGGUUCGUCCCCGGUCAUGAAGCUGACCUCCUCUGGGAAUGUGAUGUUGGUUACCUUCUCCUUCAACAGACAGAGGGAUGGAGCGAUAUUCAAAGCUUACUUCCAAGCCAUCCCAAAAGCAGGUUGUGGAGGGUCGAUUUCCUCCUGGAAUGGCUCUAUUUCCUCCCCCUACUACCCUUCCUAUUACCCUCCUAAUAUAGACUGCACCUGGACAAUACGGGCGCCGUUGCCAGGAUACCUGAUCUCCAUGACGAUCGUGACGAUGGACAUUCAGGAUUCCUCGUCAUCAGACGGCUGUGAGAAAGACUGGCUGGACAUCGGAGGGGUCAAACUUUGUAAUCCAGUGUCAGACGGCAGCAAAAAGCGAGUCUACUCCUCUCCUCUCUCCCUUCACUUCCAUUCGGACGAAUCUCUCACUCACAACGGCUUCUCCUUGCUCUACCGAGUCUUCUCUCCAGAGGGCACCUGUCCUCGCCAGUUUCGCUGUGGAGAUGGACGCUGUAUCCCUCUGAGGAAGGUGUGUGAUGGAGUGAGAGACUGCUCAGAUGGACGGGACGAGGCUAAAUGCUCAUCCUGCAGGCCAGGUGAGGUGCUGUGUGGGAAUGGCCAGUGUAAGCCCCAAGGCAGCCAGUGUGUGAGCCAGAGCAACUGUGCAGACAGCAGUGAAGAGGGCGCCUGCGGAGGUAAAUGUUACCACACUUGUCCCAAUAAGGUCUGUUUGCCAAAGUCUUCAGUGUGUGAUGGUGUUAUUGACUGCAAAGACCGCAGCGAUGAGCUCAACUGUACCAGAGCGUAUCUCAAAGGCUGCUCCUCAUCCUCAUACAAAUGUGCCAAUGGAAAGUGUGUGAGUAAGGUUAACCCCGAGUGUGACGGAGUCAAAGACUGCUUUGACGGCUCUGAUGAACUGCGCUGUGGCUGUGGCACCCGGCCUAGGAAGCGCACUAAGAUAGUGGGUGGCUCUGACGCUGCGGCGGGGUCAUGGCCGUGGCAGGUCAGCCUCCAGAUGGAUCGCUACGGCCACGUCUGUGGAGCCACGCUGGUCGCCAGCCGCUGGCUCAUCUCUGCAGCUCACUGCUUCCAGGACUCAGACGCCAUUAAAUACUCAGAUGCCCGUGCAUGGCGGGCCCACAUGGGAAUGCGUGCGAUGACUACGGGGAACAACGGCGCAGCCACCAGGCCGAUCCGCCGGAUCCUCCUCCACCCGAAGUACGACCAGUUCACCUCCGACUACGACAUCGCCCUUCUCGAGCUCAGCGCUCCGGUCUUCUUCAACGACUUGGUGCAGCCCGUGUGCGUCCCCGCGUCCUCACAUGCCUUCACAACAGGGACCAGCUGCUACGUCACAGGCUGGGGCGUCCUCAUGGAGGACGGUGAACUGGCCUCUCGCUUACAAGAGGCCUCAGUGAAGAUCAUCAACAGGAACGCUUGUAACAAGCUAUAUGAUGAGGCCGUCACUGCCAGGAUGCUGUGCGCUGGGAACCUGCAGGGAGGGGUGGACGCCUGCCAGGGUGACUCAGGAGGUCCGUUGGUGUGUCUGGAGCGAGGCAGGCGGUGGUUCCUGGCGGGGAUCGUGAGCUGGGGCGAGGGCUGUGCGAGGCAGAACCGUCCCGGCGUCUACACACAGGUGGUCAAGUUCACUGACUGGAUCCAUCAGCAGACUAAAGGACAGCUACAUUGGUCACUUCAGAGAUAGUGACCAGGUCAGGUGUUGCCAAGAAAAUCACAUUUAUUGAACGUGGAAAGAGUUCUCUCCCCACCACAUACGUUAUGUAACUGUAUAUUUUUGCCCUCAUCUACAUUCGUCCAUGUACUGUAUAUGUGUGUUCAUGACCGACUGUUAUUGUACUGUAUGUGUAUGUAUGUGCAUUUGUAUAUCAUGAGUUUAUCGGAGUCAUAGCCUUAUGUUCAGUAUAUUCUGUAACUGUAGUGGAUAAUCCCUGAAUAGGAGGUGAUAAUAUAUUUUGCAUUUCAGUUUGAUUUAAUUUAUCUUUAUGGUGCCUCCUUCGUAUUUCAUGUUCCCCUUAAAAUCAUGAUGCAGAUGAUGCUGGCGUAAGGAACCAAUAAGACUAUGCAGGAGAGAACCCAAUCUUUUCUAUGCAGACACACUUGCAUGUUCUCAUUUCUCCUGCUGUCCUCUUCUCAUUCAGAUCAUAUCACCACCCAGUGGCCAAUCUGCACUAUUGUUUUGUUUUAUGUCCUGAGGGAAUGAUGCACCUUACACCCAAAGGAUUAAAAAAACAUGCAUCAUUGUUUAAUGAUAUCAGAUUAUAUGCUCUUACAUUAAAGACACUAUUUCCAACACAGCAGGUCAAAUCAGCGGAUACCGAGUACUGAUCUGAUACCAGUCUUUAAUUAAUAAGCUGUAUGCCUCUCUGUGUGGAAGAGACUGGGAUCAUUCUUUUAUGUGUAAGGCAACAUCAGGCUGGACUUCAACAUUGCUUUCCUAACAAAUAAAUGCAUAGAUAAUCAUUUACUGAAUUAGUAUUUAUUAUUAAAAUGAUAAAUCGCACACCAGCAACUUGGAAUUACAAUUGAAAUGUGAACCUUUUUAAUACAGCAACAAAUUGGUCAAAACUUAAAACAGGAAUUAAAUUCCAGUAUACAAUGUAUAAAGUAUAUGAAUAUAAAAUUGAAUUGAAUAGAUCAGCCCCAUUGUCACCGAUCCGGGUAUUAAAGUCGGUAUCGGCCCGAUAUCUGAUCUGGUUUUGGUAUCGGUGCAUCCCUAGUAUGGACUUAUUGCUGCAUUUUUAUUAUGACAUUUAUAUUGUUUUAUUUUUUUCUAAUGUCUUUUGGCUUUUUAACUUUGUCCUCAUUUAAACUUUGGGCUGGUAAAUCUCUACAGCUUCAGCUGUAAUUGGUGCUUUUGACUGAAAAGAGUACAAAAUGAGUCACCUGUACAGACCAAUAUUUCGGAGUUCUUACUACUUUUAUAUAUAUGUGACAUUAUUUUCUAUUAUGGCGUGAGCAAGAAGUCACCUUAAAACUGAGGUCACCUGUCUAAGUGGUGAGAUCAGUGUUUGUUCUAGUUGCGCAAUGUGUGGCAUGCUCUUACAAGCAGAACACCUGUUUAUUUUCUAUUUGGGAAAAAGAUCAGCAGUUUAAAAUGUGAGAAACACCACUGUCAAGUUGUUAUUGAGGACACCACCCGUUCAUUAGGGUGCCUACGUGAUGAUCAUCCCGUGUCCCAUUAGACUAGAGAGUACACACAUGAUUUAACCUCAGAGCUGCCCUGUGCUCAUCAGUGGUGCGUAAUUUGAUAACUUGCAGAUUAUUAAAUGGGAAAUAGUCGUUUCAUGUAUAAAUAAGUGUAAACAAUUGCUGUUAAUUUACAGCAGGAUUUCAACAGUAUUAACCUGUUAUUGCUAAAAACAGUGCUUUACUGUUAAUACAAAAGAAAACCUGUUAAAU